AUGUCUUCCGACCAUCCAGCUGCCGCCGCGCAACCUGGCGAAUCAAGCACCCUGGCCAACACCAACCCCGAGGUCAAGCAGGAGGAGCUGGACGCCUCCAUCAGCACCGAAAUCGCUUCGACCGACCCCAACCAACCUGAUGCUAUGAAUCUCGACGGCACGACCGACAUGGACGGCCACAACAACAACAGCAGCAACAAUGCAUCCGCGCCCGGCGCGUCGGGCAGUGCUGGUCUUGCGCCCGGCCAGGAUCCCAACGUGAUCGCGGGCGCGCCGCCUGCGAGCGAGCUGCGCAUCCCGACCAAGAAGGAUGCCAGCCUGCGCGAGUUCCUGAGCAAGAUGGACGACUAUGCGCCCAUCUAUCUGCAACGGAUUCCGCAACACAGUAAUGACACCGCCACUGCUAACGCGACGCUCUCUUCCGUUCCGCCUUCGCCGCAGAUCCCCGACGCAGUCACGAACUACUAUCUCACACUGGCGGGUCUCCCCCCGCCACCGCAGACGCCGCCGCACCUGGCGCGCCUGCUUGCGCUGGCGACGCAGAAGUUCAUCGCCGACAUUGCCGCCGACGCGUACCAGUACUCGCGCAUCCGCUCCUCCAACACCACCUCAAACAAUCCGAUGGGCGGUCUCGGCGGCGCCGCGGGCUUCGGCAUGAUGGGCGCCGCUGGCGGUGCUGCUGGUGGCGCUGGCGCGGCUGCCGGCGCGGCGGCUGCUGGCAGUGCUGGUAGCAAAGAAGGAGGCCAGAAAGGCGUGAAUCUGGGAGUGCAGAGGCCUGGUUAUGGUGGCGGUGGCCAGGGUGGAAGUCAGGGACGGACGGUGCUGACAAUGGAGGACUUGGGCAUGGCGGUGGGCGAGUAUGGGGUUAACGUGAAAAGGGGCGAGUUUUACAGGUGA